UCAUUCAUAACUUCAUAGGAUUAUAAUAUAUUUGGCGCGAAACUCUACGGCGUUUCCAAAUGUAUGAAAAGAAAUAAUUUAAGGAAAGAAUGUAUUUGGUCAUCUUUUACCGUAUCGGAUGGAGGGAAUUAUGCGAUUUAUUACUUUCGUGACAAAUGUAAGGACACGCGAGUGCUCGUCGUGAGGACAAACGCAUAAAGAAAUUGCACUUCUUAUCCCGUUGCGAUAAUAUUAAAACGAAAGGCUUGAAUCUAUAAAUCACAUAUAUACGAAUACACUCGUUUUCUCUACGUAACUUUCGGCAGUAUUUGAAAUGAAAAUAUAUUUGAUAAUAGGCGAUUCACCGAGUGGGAGCACAGCAGGUGUUAGAAGAUUCAAGGCACGCCACCUAAUGUUAUGUUUUAUAGUUGGUCUCGUGCCAACAAAAGCUGAACCAGUGUUACCAACUGUGUCUAGUUCUACUCCAAUUCCUAGUCGACGAAUUAGCAACAGCGGUCGAACCUGUGAAACCGAAGACUGCAAAAUUAUAGGUGAGAAUUCGAGGUGUCUACACUUAAAACGUAUCCAUGAUACAACGGAAACAAUGUGUGCAUCCAUGGAAGUCUUAUUUUUGACUCAUUCUGUACCAAAACGCCACCAUAUCGCAGGGUAUUAAAAGUGUCAUUAUUUGGUU